AUGCGUUCUGCCACACUCACCUGCAUCUCCUCCCUUCUCCUCCUCGCGCACCACGUACACGCCUUUGACAUAUACCUGAACGAAGACUCUGACUGCCCGGAAGAUGAAAUCAGCAUCGUCUGCGAGGAGCAAGAAGUCGGCGACUGCUGCAACGGCCUUGUCCGAACCAUGUACAGCUCGGCCCAGGCCAGCGACGAUCAAGGCGGCGUCGUACUCUAUGGGCUGGACCAGGGCCAGGACCCCGAAUCCUCCAACCGCUGCGGCCUGCAGCUCGUGAAGGACGACGAGUGUGCCACGACCGACGUCCCGCAGGGCUCGGCCGCCGGUGCCCUCGGCAGCGACGGCGACGACGAGGACCCCAGCACUGACAAGGAUCCGACCGACGGUGAGGAGGAUGGCGAGGACGAUGGCGGUGGUGACCACGACCGCCGCCAUGCUCGGGACGUCUCGCCCAAGAAGGAGACCUGGAUCGAGAAGAACAAGAAGGUCAAGCGUGCUGCUGACGGCUGGCGCCAGACGCAGCCCACGGCCUAUGCUGUCCGAGAUGCCACGCAUGUCUGGAAGCUGUCGCGCGACUCGGAACAUGCCCCUGCGUACGAGGCUCUCACCGACCGCCAGGAGCGUAUUGACUUCCUCAAGCGACAUGGUGUUGCCAAGCGCCGCUGA